CAAACAAAAGUACAGAGAGGAUUUAUGAAACAACUCCAAUCGGAGUUUUUCCUUUUGUAACUACGUUCAAACCUGAUGAUCCAACACUUUCUGGAUGUGGAGCAUUUUCAUAUUGUGAAAUUUCGGAACAGCCUUCUGCAGAGUUUUCGGUUCUCAUUUCUGGAAAUUGUUCAAUCGUGUUUAUUGAAUCAGUAUUGAAUGCUCAUACUUACCUCUGUACAUACGACAAAUGGUUUUUAAUGAGAAAAUUUAAAGCACAUUUCUUGCCG